GGUGACAUCAUCAACACAAACACUCCAGACAUGAGAAAGGAGCAGGUGAAGAUGUCUCUGAAGAACACCAAAACAUGGUCCAGAGUACUUGUACCUGUGCUGCUGCUGUGCUGUGUGUCCUACUACUAUUCACAUUUCUUCCUUCAGAGUAGUGAAGGGGCUUUCAGUAAGGCCCUCUGUGACAGCUGGAAUAUCUCUCAGAAGUGGGAGAGACUCAACUUCAAUGUGAGCAGGAAUGCUCAACUUUUCUUGAAGCUGGAGGAUUUCUUCUGGCGACGCUACUUGUCCACGUUAGCCUUGCCUUAUGGUGUUAAGGGCAGUGAGCUUUUUCUCGUGAAAGCAUUGGCAGCCAUGGCUAGCUAUGACAUGCCUGAGAGGAUAAAACAUUUGCCUUGCAAAACCUGCAUGGUGGUUGGAAAUGGGUUCGCGAUCAAGAACACCUCGUUAGGAAGUGCCAUUAACAAGUAUGACAUAGUGAUCAGGUUGAACGAUGCCCCAGUUCGGGGGUAUGAGGCCGACGUGGGGAACAAGACUACCAUGCGCCUCUUCUACCCUGAGUCGGCUUCCUACAACCCCAGCAUCCACAAUGACCCUGACACACUCAUGGUCCUUGUGCCUUUCAAGCAGCAGGACGUGCGCUGGCUCAAAGAGAUCCUGUACAAUGAGAAGAGGAUCAGAAAGGGCUUCUGGAAACCCCCUCCUGAGAUCUGGUUGGGUAAAACCAGCCACAUCCGAAUCCUGGACCCCUACUUCCUGCAGCAAACGGCCAGCCGCAUGCUCCACUUGCCUCUCAACACACCUCCAAAGACCAACCAGAUCCCAGCGCACCCUACAACUGGCAUUCUGGCCAUCUACGUGGCCCUUAACUACUGUGACGUGAUCCACAUCGCUGGAUUUGGCUACCCAGAGUCUAAAGACCUGAAGCACCCCAUUCACUACUAUGGCUAUGACACCAUGAAGUCUAUGAAGAAUUCGUACCACAACCUGUCCCAUGAGGUGAAAGCUCUGAAGCGACUAGAGGACUCUGGUGCUGUUGUAUACCUACACCCUCACUCCUGACCAAUGCAACACUAAGAGUAGUUAGGGAAGGGAAGGGCGUAGACGUAGACGGCGGACGUAAAGGUAACGUAAAGGAGGGAGGGUGAUUUUUACUAAGGAGGAGAAGGAGGCCGUGCUGGCCAUUUCGGAGUGAAGCGCAUGAUUGCCAAAAUCAACCUACACUUCUUCUGACGGGGAAUUGUCAAGGAGUUGGACAGCUGG